AUGUAGAAAUUAUUCAUUCUAUCAUUAUUAUUGUUACUUUCAGAAUUAGUAAAUUGUUAAGAGCCACAAUCUGCUGAAAAUAGAGGUAACUAUAAUUCUAUCUUAGUAUUUCAAUGGGUAUUCAUAACCGUAUUUAUACUAAUAGUAAUAAUCAUAAUUCGUGCCAUUAUUACAAGAAGAAGACCUGUAGUAUUGUUAGGAUUGGUAGAGGAAGUUCCACCUUAAAAUGUUGUUGUAAUUCAUUAAGUUCCAACAAAUAUAAAUUAAUAUCCUCCUUAAUUCACAGCCCCUCCUGCUUAAAACCAAUAAUAUUAAGAAUGGGUUAAAUAAUAAUAAGUGAAUUAAGGAAUGCCAUAAUAGUAUUAAUAAUAAAUACCUCCUUAAUAUCCUCCAUAAAUGAAUUAAAAUUACUAUCAAUAACAAUAACCUAUUCAAUAUCAAUAAAAUGUUUAAGCUUAUCCAGCAAAUCCAGUAUAUCCAUAAUAGGGAAUACCAAUAAGUUAACCAUAUCCAAAAUGA